ACCACCAGUAUUGUGACACAAGAUUAUUCAGCUCACUGGGCUUCUAUACUUCCACUAUCUCACCGAGGAACGUUCUUUUCUCAGCGUGGCAAGAUGGGUAUUUCUCGAGAUCAUUGGCACAAGAGAAGGGCUACUGGUGGUAAAAGGAAACCUAUUCGUAAGAAGAGGAAGUUCGAAUUAGGACGACCAGCUGCUAACACCAAACUUGGGCCUCAGCGGAUCCAUACUGUCCGUACACGAGGAGGCAACAAGAAGUACAGAGCUCUUAGAUUAGAUACAGGAAACUUCUCCUGGGGCUCUGAAUGCAGCACCAGGAAAACUCGUAUCAUCGAUGUGGUUUACAAUGCAUCGAACAAUGAAUUGGUACGUACUAAGACUUUGGUGAAAAACGCCAUUGUUACUAUCGAUGCCACACCAUUCAGGCAGUGGUACGAAAGCCAUUAUGUUCUUCCGCUUGGCCGCAAGAGGGGUGCUAAAUUAACUGAAGCUGAAGAAGAAGUAUUGAACAAGAAACGUUCAAAGAAAACAGAAGCUAAAUACAAGGCAAGGCAGCGAUUCGCUAAAGUUGAACCUGCCUUGGAAGAGCAGUUUGCGACGGGACGUGUGCUUGCUUGUAUAGCGAGUAGACCUGGUCAGUGCGGUAGAGCGGAUGGUUAUAUUCUCGAAGGCAAGGAACUGGAAUUUUACAUGAGGAAAAUUAAAAGCAAGAAAGCCAAAUAAACGUUUAUUUAAGUAAAAAAAAAUAAUAAACGUUUAAUUAAAUGUAA